UCCCAGUAGUUGCGAUGUCAUUGGAUGAAGGGAGAGAAAAUCCCAGUGACACUGUUCUCCUGCCCAUGUAGACCACAGUAGAUACAGAUGCUGCAGUUGUUGUGACAUAUCCCAGAAUCCUCCAGCAUCAGAAGGUGACUUACAGAACCAGAGCCACGUUGCACCGCUAACCCUAACUGUCCCGUGACUUGUACCAUUUCAUCCACUACAUCCUGGUCAGUCCAACAUCCCCAAAGUCUUCAACCUCAGCGGCUCCAAUGAUUGGAUCGUUGCUAAUCCUCUCCAUCCUGGGUCACCACCAGUGCCUCCUAUAGAGCUCCUCACUUCCUUUUUGUGCCUGUCUUUUCUUUUGAUGGUUGACCCCACAGAUAUCACCCCCAUCCCUCCGCCCCCCCCCCCCUGUUCCCAGCACCAAACCGUCCUUAAGGUGGAACUAAACAGCUCUGUUUCAGUUCAUUCGUACAACAACUAAUCAAUCAUCCGUUGAUCGGCGUAUUAUUGCCAAACAAACAAUACAAGCUGUCUUUAAAAGAGUAAAAUCGAAACCUAAGUUAUGUCCCACAACAAAAUUGAAUUGACAGAAUUGACAGAAAUCCUGUAACACGGAGACAACUAAAAUAAUUUGAAGCGAGUCCGGGUCUUUUAUUGUGAAAAUUUGAGUGCGGCGAUUCUUCCGCCGGCGGCGAUAACGUCACGGGUGUGCUGUGCCACUCACGCUGACGAUGGGUGACGUCGUGUGUGAAGAGCUCGAGGAUUUGGUUCAUUUCUCUGUACACGACCUCCCGGCGCGAGGCUACGUCGUCAUGGAGGAGAUUCGACGUCAGGGAAAGCUCUGUGACGUCACACUGAAGGUGGGUGAGCAUAAGUUCAGCGCUCAUCGUAUCGUCCUGGCAGCAUCGAUCCCCUACUUUCACGCCAUGUUCACCAACGACAUGGUGGAGUGUAAACAGGACGAGAUCCUGAUGCAGGGUAUGGACCCCAGCGCUCUGGAGGCUCUGAUAAACUUCGCCUACAGUGGACACGUGGCCAUCGACCAACAAAAUGUUCAGUCCCUGCUCAUCGGUUCCAGUUUUCUUCAGCUGCAGAAUGUGAAGGACGCCUGCUGUUCCUUCCUGCAGGAGAGGUUACAUCCCAAAAACUGCCUUGGCGUACGACAGUUUGCGGAGACCAUGAUGUGUACAACACUCUACGACUCGGCGAGCAGCUUCCUGCAUCAGCACUUUGUGGACGUUUCUGUGUCGGAGGAGUUUUUGGGUUUGAGGGCUGAGGAAGUUCUGGAGCUGGUCGGUUGUGACCAACUCAACGUGGAGACAGAGGAGCAGGUUUUUGAGGCGGUGCUGGCCUGGGUCUAUCACGAUCGCAAACGGCGAGAGUUGUUGCUUCCGGAGUUACUGUCGAAGAUUCGCCUUCCUCUCUGUCGACCUCAGUUCCUCUCUGACCGAGUGCAGCAGGACGAACUUGUACGCUGCUGCCACAGAUGCAGAGACCUGGUGGACGAGGCCAAAGACUUCCACCUGAUGCCAGAGCGCCGCCCUCGACUCGCAGACUUCAAAACUCGCCAGCGCUGCUGCACAUCCAUCACCGGACUCAUCUACGCAGUGGGAGGGCUGAACAGCUCAGGUGACUCGCUGAACGUCGUUGAGGUUUUUGAUCCCAUCGGAAACAUUUGGGAACGCUGUCAGCCGAUGAGGACAGCUCGCAGCAGAGUGGGUGUGGCUGUAGUUAAUGGACUGCUGUAUGCCAUUGGUGGAUACGAUGGCCAAUCACGGCUGAGGACAGUAGAGGUGUACAACCCAGAGACAGACACGUGGACCAAAGUUUCCAGUAUGAACAGCCAGCGCAGUGCCAUGGGAACGGUGGUUGUUGACGGACAAAUCUACGUGUGCGGAGGCUACGAUGGAAAAUCCUCCUUAAACUCCGUGGAGUGUUACAGUCCGGAGAACGACCGAUGGACAGUGGUGUCAGAGAUGGGUGCUAGUCGGAGUGCAGCCGGCGUGACGCUGUUUGACGGUCGAAUUUUUGUGUCAGGUGGACAUGACGGUUUACAGAUCUUCAACACGGUGGAGUACUACAACCACCACACGGACCGCUGGCACACAGUGCAGGCGGCCAUGUUGAACAAGCGAUGUCGCCACGGUGCAGCACCUUUGGGGAGUCACAUGUACGUGGUGGGAGGUUAUGAUGGCUCGGGGUUCCUGAGUAGCGCGGAGGUGUUCAGCUCUGCUUCUGGGCAGUGGAGCCUCCUGGUGGCCAUGAACACACGGCGCAGCCGGGUGUCACUGGUGAGCACUUCAGGGCGUCUGUACGCUGUGGGUGGCUACGACGGACAGUCCAACCUCAGCUCCGUAGAGAUGUUCAACCCCGACACUGAUCGCUGGACCUUUAUGAAGCCUAUGGGCUGCCAUGAGGGCGGGGUGGGUGUGGGCUGCGUUCCUUUGCAGCCUGCCUAAGCUGACCAAUCAGAGCAGCCGUUUGUUAUUGUAAAUGCAGGCAGCGGACAGAGCCUCUGCUUCGCAUCGGUACUACGGUCUGACUCAGGGUUUAAACCUGAUCUUCAGGCCAAAGGAGUUGAGGUCAAAGGUCAUCGCUAAAGUCAAACUACUAGGUUAUGAUGUGGGCUGACCUUUGUUGUAUUUUCUUUCUCUAUACGACUGGAACAGCCACGCCCCCUCACAC